AUGGAGUCAGGCUGGAACAGCUGGAACAGCUGGAACAACUCUCAUCCCAGCCAGUCUGGGCACGGCCAAGGGCUGAGCCCAGCAGGGAACACCAACCUGACGCUGCUGCACACCCGGGAUGAGGAGCUGGCCAAGGCAGAGGUUGGGGUGUUGGCCACCAUCCUGGUGAUAGCCACCCUGGGCAAUGUUGGGGUGCUGCUGGCCAUGUACCGCCUGAGGAAGAAGCUGAGCAGGAUGCAUCUCUUCAUCCUCCACCUGGGGCUGAGCGACCUGGGCGUCGCGCUCUGCCAGGUGCUGCCACAGAUGAUCUGGAAGGUGACCUAUCGUUUCUUGGGGCCAGACCCACUCUGCAGGGCUGUCAAGUACCUGCAGGUGCUGAGCAUGUUUGCCUCCACCUACAUGCUGCUGGUGCUGACCCUGGAUCGCUACCUGGCCGUGUGCCACCCGCUGCACACCCUGCAGCAGCCCAGUCGCCAGGCCCACGUCAUGAUCGGGGCCACCUGGCUGCUCAGCUCCCUCCUCAGCCUGCCCCAGAUCUUCAUCUUCUCCCUCAGGGAGGUACGACAGGGCUCAGGGGUGCUGGACUGCUGGGCAGACUUCAGGUAUCCAUGGGGAGCUCGAGCCUACAUCACCUGGACCACGCUGGUCAUCUUCAUCCUGCCCGUCGGCAUCCUCACCGUCUGCUACAGCCUCAUCUGCUAUGAGAUCUGCAAGAACCUCAAGGGCAAGACCCAGAGUGGUGCCCCCAGCACGGGGGGGCUCCCAGCUGCUGUCCCUCCUGCUCCUUGCCCCUCGGAGAGGAGCCCCAGUGGGCAGCCCUCGCGCGUGAGCAGCGUGCGCACCAUCUCCAGGGCCAAGAUCCGCACGGUCAAGAUGACCUUUGUCAUCGUGGCAGCUUAUGUCACCUGCUGGGCACCCUUCUUCAGCAUGCAGAUGUGGUCAGUGUGGGAUGAGGAUGCUCCUGAUGAUGACUCCACCAACGUGGCUUUCAGCAUCACCAUGCUGCUGGCUAGUCUCAGCAGCUGCUGCAACCCUUGGAUCUACAUGUUCUUCAGUGGGCACCUGCUCCAGGAUGCUGCUCGCUGCCUGUCCUGCUGGGGCAGCCCCAGGCUGAGGAGACCUGCAUCCACAGGGAGCCUGUGCAGCAGGAAAACCACCAUCCUGAGCCACAGCCACCACAGCAGCCCUGCUGGGCUCCCCCUGCACGGGGACAGUGCCAAGGACCUGUACCCACCCUGCGAGGAGGGGGUGACAGAGUCGGGCACACUCUAG